CCGGAUUCUGUCAAAAUUUGCAAUUUGUGUUGAUUUUGUAUUAAAUGUGAAUUAUUCCCUCUGAAUACAAGCGACAUUUAAAAUUCUACCGUCUGUAUUUAAGAAUAAAUCAUGUUUAGUGCAUAUAACAUGUUGACGCCGUAAAAACUACUUUGGAGUCUCAUUUUUUUCAUUGUCUAAUCCGUCAAAAAAGAGCCAAAUUUUUCUUUCAGUUGAAGAAAAUAUGGUAGAAAAUGGAGGGGAUUACCAUUUUACAACUGUUAAUGGUUACUUCAUUAGGUCUACAAUGGAAGUUGAGUGCCUCAACAGUUGCACCAGUAAUCAAACUUGAACUCACAGAUUCAUGCAAAACUGAAGCUGAAUUUGAGUGGCUCAUAUUUGAGGAAGACAGUGGCCUUGCAAACUGCGCUAUCAUAUAUGACAACACUGAAAGCUUUUCUCCGAACAGUUCAAAAUAUUUUGAAAAAUAUUCCAUGUUGCCAAAUUCUGGUACUUUCUCGAUAAAAGAGUUGGUGCUCGGACAGAAUUAUUCUGUACAAAUAGUUUGCGGAAAAACAACUUCUGAUGUGUUAUCAUUCAGCAUUGAAGAUAAGGACUGUCCUGUAGGUAAUGAGGGCGCCACAUCAGACACGCCAGUGGUCUUUAAAGAACAGACGUCCUUGUUGGGGACUAGAGAUUCAGUAUUAGGGAUCGUAUUUGCUCUUUUCGGACUUCUGAUAAUUAUUGUGACAACAUUCUACAUUGUACGGAAGAUCAGGAGGCGACAGAGAUUGGAAAGGAUACGUAGAUAUCUAGGGUCAUCUUUAAUAGAUCCUUUUGAGAAUAUGCAGGACAGGGAACAGGAGAAUGGAAGUGAAAGACUGAUAGAAUCAACUGACAGCUAGCAUUGUGAAUACAAAAUUAGUGGUGUCCAUGAUUGUUCAUGGAGUUUGCAUUCAGUGAAGCCAGAAUGGGCAUUCGUUUACUGUAGAGUGGAUAUCCCUAUGGUUUUAUUGCUGUUAAUGUUUAUUUCCAUGGAUGUUUCCAAAUUCAGAACAGUCCUAAAUGUUACUGUGUAUAAUUUAUGAAAGUAUUAAAUAUCAUAGUGAGAAAUAAAUUAGAGUGAUUAAUUGGCCAAAUAUUAGCAAUUAUUACUCAUUAUUAGUGUCAGAAAUCAGCCAAAAAGUUAAUGAAUCUGUUCAUAAAGUAAGAGAUAUUGUGAUUAAAGUCAGGAAUGUUUUUCAUGGCUAGAAUUGCUCAAAACAACUAGCUUUUUAG